CUCGUUCUCCGAUGCCUUGGUGACUGGUUCUGGCCACAUAUCGAGACCCAGGACUGAACGGGGGCCAUGUUGCCUCUUCUCUACAAUCUUCUCUGUCUAGGAUUGGGUCUGCUCCAGGGCAUUAGAGCAGUUACAUUUGAGAUUUCAAAUCCCAAUAUUUGGGCUGAAUUCUCCUCACUCUCGCCCCCGGAGAAUGUGACCCUCCAGUGCCAGGGGCCGCUGGAGAGUAAGAAGUUCCAGUUGACCAAGGAUGGGGAAGUCUGUGGUUCCGUGGAUACCGAAUAUCCCACCUACCGGGCCUCAUUUCCGCUUGGGGCCGGGAAAGCCAAUCAUCGAGGGAGCUAUCGUUGCUAUUACUGGCUAAAGGAAGGCUGGUGUGGACCCAGCAGCUUUCUGGACAUCACAGCAGCAAGCCCUCUCCCCAAGCCCCGGCUCUCAGCCAAACCCUACCCGUUGCUCCUGCCUAAGGAAAAUGUGAUGCUCUGGUGUCGUGUCUGGGUAAAGGGCUUGGGCCUGGCUCUCUACAAAGACGGUGAGGCCGAACCUCUGCAGACAGCGAGGCCGGAGACUAUGGGGGCCACGUUCUCCGUCUCCGACCCGGGGAAUUACACCUGCCGCUCUCACACUGCACUAAGCCCUGUCACCUGGUCUGACCACAGCGAUCCCGUGGAGAUUGUGAUCCCGGAAACACUGCCCAAGCCCCUCCUCUCCUCCCGGCACAGGGCUUUCCUCAGCGUGGGCGCCGACCUGUCCUUGGAUUGCACGGGCCGGUUGAGCGGGUUGGGGUUUGAGCUGUACCGGGAUGGAGAACCCGUCCGGCCUCUGGAGACAAGCCGUGUGCUCGACGACCGGCUCAGUUUCCUCAUUAGGAAGUUGGACACCGAAAGCGGAGGGAAUUACAGCUGUCGCACCCGUUCCUGGAAUAAACCUUAUAUCUGGUCAGAGCCCAGCGAUCCGUUGGAGUUCAUGGUGACAGGAUCAUGGCCCAGACCUUCUCUCUCCGUCCAUCCGGUGGGUCCCGUGACCGGCCCCGGAACCAACGUGACUGUUCGGUGCCGGGCCUCCCGUCGAGGGGUGAGGUUCGGGCUGAGGAAGAGGGGGACCCCGGAAGCCAUCCAACACCAGAACCCAGCUGGGGACCAUGCUGAUUUCCCGCUGGCGGAUGUGGCGGCUUACGACAGCGGAAACUACAGCUGUGUCUACUACGACCCGGCCGCCCCAUACGAGGCAUCGCAACCCAGCCAAGCCCUGGAGAUCCGGGUCAACGUCACACCCACCAAACCUACCCUCUCCACUCCAUCCGGCUCGACGCUGGCUGCAGGCAGGGAUGUGACCCUCAUAUGUACCUCAAGGUAUUCCUGGGCGAGAUUUGAAAUCUACAAGGAAGGACGGAGAACACUGAGAGCCAGGUGGCGGGAAGGGGGUGCCAGAAAUUCCCUCUUCGUGAUCCCCAACGUGGGAUACCAAGAUGCAGGGAAUUACAGUUGCCGCUAUCGGAUGUGGCAGAAGACGGAUGCCUGGUCAGAGUUCAGCGACCCGCUGGAGCUCAAGGUGACAGAUGAUUUAGACCAAGGGAAGGCUCCCGAGAAUCCAAGAAUGAUUCCCUCUUCAGAGGAGAAGACGCCCAACCCCCCAGGGGCAUCCGAGUCUUCAGACGAAGAGUUCCACGACUGCCGAGAAAAACUUCCUUCAGAUCAGGAGAGAGGACAAGAUUCCAAGUGGACCCAGUUCGAUCCCCAAGUAGGAUGGAGGAACGCUCGCAGAUGCGCAGCGAAUGUGACCAUGGAUCCGGACACGGCUCACCCGGACCUCGUUCUCUCCGGGGACCAGAGGAGCGUGAGGCUGAGAGACACCUGGCAGGCCCAGCCCGACAACCCCAAGAGAUUCGACUACGUCGUCAGCGUCCUGGGCUCCCCGAGCUUCACUGCCGGUAGACAUUACUGGGAGGUGGAGGUCGAGGGGAAGACCAAGUGGACCCUGGGGGUUUGUAAGGAAUCGGUGCGGAGGAAGGGGGUGAUCACGGUGACUCCUGAGGAGGGGUUCUGGGUCCUGAGGCUGACCCAAGGAAAGAAAUACUCGGCUCUCACCUCCCGGAGGACGCCCCUCUCCCUGAGGGUCCCCCCUCGCCGGGUGGGGAUACUCCUGGACUACGAGGCGGGAGCCAUCGCCUUCUAUAACGUGACGGACCCAUCUCGCAUCUUCACGUUCACCUCGUCUUUCUCCGGGCCUCUCCGGCCUUAUUUUUGCCCCAGGGCUUCUGAUGGGGGGAGAAACCUGGCUCCUCUGACCAUCUGCCCGAUCGGCGGGUGGGACUGAGGGACCGGCCCCCCGACCCCGGCUAAUGGUGCUGAUCUCUCUGGACCGCCCCAGAUCGCUGGUUGCUAGUAAAAUCCUAGAAAAAA